GCCUCUGUCCAAUCAGAGCGAGGAAAGCGUGACACUGCGUUUCGCCCCUGCACUCCAAAUCUGCGAAGCUGCAGCCUGUCUCGCCUCACUUCUUCUUCCUUAACGCCCAGACGCUGUUGCAUUCAUGGAUGUACGCUGAACCGCUGUUUGCCUCCCUAAAGUUAUCAGUCCGUGUUACUUUCCUGCAGCUUUUCUUUAACCAUGUCUCUGUGAGGAAGGGCUGCUUUCUGACUGAGGUCACUGCAGAGGUCUCGAGAAGGAAGUAAAAGCGUGCUUCAGCUGCUGGACUUUGGCGGGACGGACAGGGACUAUGUUCUCAUCAGCAGGGAAGCGCGGGUUCACUAUUGAGUCUUUGGUGGCGAAGGAGAGCCCAUUAACGGGGGAAGACCCUAUCCGCCCCACCGCGCUAAGCUACACAGCCCCCACAGACAGUUUUCUGAACGCUUAUGCUAGCCCGGCAGGUCGCGCGCUUUAUCCCAACCCCGAGCUCGUGUUCCCGGAGUCCGUGCAGCACGCGCCCAUCAGCGUGCACCCGCACCAGCUCGGCGGCGCGCACCUCCAGCACCCGCACUUCUUCAGCACGCAACACCGCGAGCCUCUCAAUUUCUACCCAUGGGUCUUGCGAAACCGAUUUUUUGGGCAUCGGUUUCAAGGGAACGACGUGUCACAUGACUCGUUGUUGCUACACGGGCCUUUCUCGCGGAAGCCCAAGCGGAUCCGGACAGCCUUUUCCCCCUCACAGCUCCUGCGCCUCGAGAGAGCCUUCGACAAGAACCACUAUGUGGUGGGAGCAGAGCGCAAACAGCUCGCCAACAGCCUCAGCCUGUCCGAGACACAGGUGAAGGUGUGGUUUCAGAACCGCAGGACCAAGUACAAACGGCAGAAGCUGGAAGAAGAAGGACCAGAGAGUACACAAAAGAAGAAGGGUAAUCACCACAUCAACCGAUGGAGAAUUGCCACCAAACAGGCUGGAUCUGAGGAUAUAGAUGUCACUUCUGACGCCUAGAACCCAUUUGUACCAGGCCGAAACUCACAGACAAGGCCAUGAAAAGCUCUAUUUAUUUAUAUUUUAAGGAAUGACUGUAUGCGUCUAAACUUGGCGGCUAUGUGUGUGUGUGUGUGUGUGUGUGUGUGUGUGUGAGAGAGAGAGAGACAGACAGAGAGUGAGAGAAAGAGAGAGAUUCAGUCAGCAUGUAGAUUUCACUAUGUUCUUUUUCUCUCUUUGUAAAUGUUCUCAAGUAUGGUUUUGCUCUCUUUCUCCACAACACUGGCAUCAGAAGACUAAUUCUACCACUAAAGAUAAUUUCAUUUUCCAGCAUGACACAACUGUCAUGCCAGUGCGUUUAACCUACUAAUGUCAAUUACUAGCUUUGUACUUACAAGAACACUCCUUAAUAAUGGUUAUAGAGAUUAAACCUACUUAAAACAAAAUUAUAUUGCAUCUCUAUUUAAGGGAACAGUUCAGUUAAUUUGAGACUUCCAUUCCUGCUACCAUUAGAUUUUUUCCAUAUUUUUAUUAAGGUUUUCCGGUAGCAGUUGACAGUGAUUGCAAAACAAACAAAUUGUGAUGCAAGGAAUCAUUUUACAGGCCAGUUUAGGCACGAUCUACCCUCAGUGUAGGAGUAAGUGCUUGUGUGUGUGUGUGUGUGUGUGUGUGUAUGUGUGUGUCUGAUGAUCUGAAUGCUUGGUUCUUGUUCAGUCACGGUAAUGCAGGCUGCUGGAUGCAGGUUCUCUGAUUCAUAAACAGAAACUACUGAAUAUUUGCCAACUGUCACAUUAAUGCCUGUAUAAUAUACAGUACAUUUAAAAUAUAAUUUUUCCCCCAGAAAGGGACCAUAAUAAUAAAUAUGUUUUAGAAACAGCUCUUGGCUAAUUGCCUGUGCAGU